AUGUCUUCAUCAUACGAAAAUCAAUACAACGAUAAUGAUGGAAAUAUCCGACGACGAGAAUCACCAUCACAAAAACGACAAUCUGAUACAACAGCUAAUUUUGUACUUGGACAAGCACAAACAGGACCAGCUCGUGUCAUUAAUAGUCAACAAAGUCAACGAUAUACUAAUGGUGAUAUUUUCAGUGAUCAAACAACAGAUGCUGAACAUAAUAAAGCUUUACUUGAAAAGUUAUCACUUGAUUUGGGUAAUUUACUAAAUCGAACGGAUAUUAGUGAUUGUUUUCUCAAUGUUAAAGGUACUUUUAUGGCCGUUCAUAAAUGUAUUCUUGCUGCCCGUUCAAAUGCUUUUGCUGCUGUUAUUUCGGGUAAUUUUAAUCGACUUUCAUUGGAUGAAAGAAAUCGAAUUCAAACAAUGACUCAGAGAGAUAAAUUAAUUAUUGUUAUUGAUAAAACGGAUCCAGAAAUAAUGAAACAUGUUGUUAUUUUUAUGUACACGGGAAAAUGUGACUUAGAUGAAGGCAAUGCUUAUCCUCUACUCGAUGCUGCUGGUCGAUAUGAUAUUAAAGAUUUAAAAGCUCAUACUGGUCGUUUUCUUUCAAGUCGUAUUGAUUCAAAUAAUGUCUUAAUGUUACUCAAAGCAGCAUAUAAAUAUGAUAAUAAAUUAAUAAGACAACGUUGUAUUGAAUAUUUUAUUAAUAAUGCUAAAGAAAUUAUGGCUAUACAUGAACCAUGGAAAAAAUUUGCUGAAGAACAACAAGCAAUUGUUGCUGAACUUCUUCAUUGGCUUGUUAACAAAGAUGAGUUCUAUAAAGCAAAACCUCAAUGGGACGCAUCUUCACGUUGGUAA